AUCUUUUUUGAUUUUUGAUGUGUUUUCAAAUGUAAUAAGAAUUACGAAUUUAGAAAUAUUACACUUUGAGAUAAUAUAAUAUCACGCUCAAAACAAUUUUCGGAAAAUUGAGCCUUAGCAUGAGAUAACGUUGAACGAAUUGAAAAUCAACAAUCGGUCGAACUUGUUGGGAACUAAGCAACGGUUAAGUAGUGCUGGUGGUUUCAUUGGAAGCAAUCGUAUUUUUGGGAAAUGGCAGAUCCAAAAGUUGAGCAACCUACAUCAGACGUAGAAAAUAACUACACACCAAGUAACGACCCGAAGAAUAUGCAAGAAGUAACACAAUAUGUGCAAUCUUUGCUACAAAACAUGCAAGAUAAAUUUCAAAGUAUGUCUGACCAAAUCAUUAAUAGAAUAGAUGAAAUGGGUACUCGUGUUGAUGAAUUGGAAAAAAAUAUCACAGAUUUGGUGACACAAGCAGGUGUUGAAAAUGAAAAAUAAUAUAAUAAAUUGACAUUAAUCAUAUAAUAGUGUAUGAUUUGUACUUUAUAGUAAUAUGCAUGAAUUAUCUUUUUUAAUGCAGAUAAGUCUUCAUUCCAAACAUUAAAAUGAAAAAUAACACCAAAUUAGUUUAUAUAUAGCAUAUUACAACACAAUUUCAUUUCAUUUACACAUUCACAUUAACUCACAUUGUAAUCUCCCUAAAAGAAUGAAUAAAAAUUUAAAACAUUUUAUUAAGUAAUAAAGCAAACAACAAAUAAUUUAUAUUCUAAAACUCUAUUUUUCACUUUGAAGAAAUCAAAUUAAUAUGUAUUUAUAACUCCAUGUCCAUAAUAUAACCUAAUUUAAUUUAAAUGUCAUCAAUAUAAGAUGAAACAAUGUAUCCAAAUGGUGUUUGUUUGCAACCAACCCAGCUGCGAAAAUAAUUGUUAUUCACAAAUAGUUAUUUAAAUUGUAGGUUUAGAUUAAGUUAUUUUGUAUCACAUAUUUUUUGUAAUUUCACACAUUAAAUUGUAUUGAAA